AUGUCAACUUUAUCAUCACAAAUCCUUCCCUAUUUCAUUCUUAAAAAGCCUUAAAGAGAUGACCCUACUAUUGAUGAAUCUUAAUAAUUCAGUGCUUCACACUAGCCUAUUUCCUCAAUAUCUGGCAGAGCUUCUCAAAGUAGCAUGUUCAGUUGUCUAUCCUGCAUACAAAGAGACUAGUCGUAAUUAGAGUAGCAAGUGGAGUUUUAGCCAGAAGAAAAAUUCAAAAUAUAAUCACUUCAAGAAGUAACGUUAAAAUAAGUUGAGGAAGGUGAUAAAAACUUAUAAUAUACUCCUACUUUUAUUAAAAUUAAAAGCCCUCAAAAACCAUCAAUUGCAAUGCAUCAAACGCCCUAGCCACUAAGCAAAACUUUAGAAUAAAAUUACUUGCAAAAUGAGUAAAUACAGCCAUAUCUAUCGCCAUUAGAUAAAAAGAAAACACCAGCAUAAAAAUUACAAAGACCUAUGAGACCAGAGCCUUAUCAAGAUAUAAGAAGAAAUUUAAAUUUGUAGUAUAUAGAACCUCAAUCCAAAAUAUUUGACUAAAACCAAUUCAGGAAGGGACCUUAACUCAUUCCGGACUAAUAGAACAAAAAUUAGAUUCUUGAUUCAAAAUCUUACCCUUAACAUAUUUAGCAAUAGCAACCAUAAUAUUCCUUAGUAGAAGCUACAGGAACAUCUAAUGAGUAGCAGAUUAGUCAAAAUUAGAGCUUUAAAUAUUAAUACCCUCACAAUACUAGGAUCACUGAUGCCAAUAGAAUAUCAAGAGUCAAUAUUAAGAUUCCUUAACCAUCUUACUCUAGUCAAAUCCUUCAUAAUCCCUACUCUUUUACGAAAAAUAGAGCUGAAACUUAAAGGCUAAGCGAUUGGGGGUAGAAGAAUCAAUAUUGGGAAAGAUUGAAUAAGAAUUUGGAGAAUAAGAGAAGGAUGGGAAAAAUGCAAAAUUCAUAAGAUCAGAAUCAAGAACCUCGUAAAUUGCAUUAGAAGGGUGCUAAUGACCUGUAUGACAACACUCCUCUUGGAAAUGAGAAGAGAUAUUCAGUGACUGAACAGAAAUAAACAUACAGAAAAUGGGAUCAAGACCUGAAUAAAGAUGAAUCUAUUAGGUCUGGAUAUUAAAUAAAUAAAUCCAAGAAUCAAAUGAUAUUGCCUAGAGAUCAAAGAGUUUCUAAACCCCUAAUCAAUGUUUAAUCACAGAUUGAUAGUAAUAAGAAGAAAAAGAGUUACAAUAGACAAGACCUUAAAACUCACAAAGUUUAAGAAGAUAUAGAUAGACUAGAGAUAUAGUAGUAUUUAAAUUAAGGUUCAGAGACUAUUAACAAGAGCCUCAUGAGUUAGAGUCACCCAAAUGAGAAAAUUGAUCCUGAAAUUGAGUAGCAUAAGGAUGAGGGUAACUAUAAUUAUGAAGUUUGCUAGCCAGAAGAAGAAGGCAAGGGGAUGACUUGUGAUAAAUGUAUCAAUCAUGAACUAAUCUUAUAGCAUGAGUAAGCGCAUGAAUAAGAAAAUGAAGAAUAGUUCUUGAAUGAAAUUGAUUUCCUAGAGAGUAAGUUAGGAAACUUAGGAAUCAACAAUCUCCAUCAAAAUGUUUAAGAGUGA